GGAAGCGACUCAGGGAGAGGCUGAUGGCUAAAUAGUUGGACCCCCCUCCCAGCACCGGUGAGCGAGUCACAGACUUGUAGUUGAAUUGUGCCAGAUGAUUGGGGGCGGAGCUCAGUACAUAUGAACAGGGGGUCAAACCUGAUUGGUUCCAGUGAUCUCGGGACCCAACUGCAGCUCAGGAUGAGACUGACGGGAGCGCAGCGGCUUCAGCAACGGAGGAGACAGGGGACUGGAGUGUCGCCCCCCAGCCGUACAAACACCCAGAUGAGCAGCAAGAGGCGAAAUGAGGAGGAAGAAGAAGGUCCGGCCAUGAAACUCUUCCUAUCGGAGGACGUCGUGUCGGCCCGACUCCAGCGCCUCAGUUUGGACAAUGACCACAGCUACGGGGGCAGCGGCUUCCCCAAAACCUUCAAGCAGCCCGAGCCCCAGUUCAGAGAAGUCAGGUCUUCUAAUGGGGAUGAGAAGUUGGAAGAGACAGAAGAGGAGGAUAAUGUUGUAGUCGACCCGGGGGAAUUCUCCAUGAAUCACGACAAGGUUCUGAGUGUCUCCCCUUUGCUGGAGGAAACCCUACGGCAACACCGAGCUGGAACAAUAUUACCAGAGAAAAUCCUGCACUCCCUAUCCUCCCCUUGUAUGGAGCUUGUCUUAUGGUCGCCCCCUUCAGGCCACAUGCAGCAGCUCAUUCGUUCCCUGACUGGGACUCUAGAGCCUCCCCCGCACAAUCUUUCCUCCAAUCAGGUUACUAAGGAACAAGAGGAGCAAAUGGAGCAAAUGGAAGUGUGAGGGAACAUGUGUCUGUAUCAUAUGGAGCCCAGGUCUCAUAGGACAAUUCUACUUGUGGGACAGCAGUGGCCUGGAGGUGGCGCCUUUCUCCCAAGCAAUUGUGUGUGAGUUUGGUGAUUGGAGUUGGGAAAGUCUCCACCCCCGAGGAACUGGACUGAUCUUUGUACUGUGAUUUCUUUUAUUGACCCUCACAGCUCUUUCUUAAUGGGACGUGCAAUAUAAUCAGGAGCUUAAUGUUCCUGUGCCUGUAAAUAAAUAUUGUUAUUACAGA